AUGGAUAAUCCAAAUUUGUCUGCCCAGUUUGGUGAAUUUCCUUCACUACCAAAUACCCAGAUCAGUCAUGAAUUAUUGGUGGCGACAGAAGAAGGUGGCCAUGAGAAUGGCUUGUCGUCUGAAGAAAUCAUUAAAGCUGCGGGCACUCAGUAUAUGGAUGCUUGUUGUAAUGAGGGCUUCAAUCUUAACCAGUUUUUCGCCGUUCCAGCCCUGCCCAGGGAAAUACGGAAUGGGCUUGAAAUGGCUCAUCUUCUUUUGUGCUCGGCAGACAUGAUCAGCAACAGGCGAUAUGAAGAAGCCUCCAGAAUGCUAAGCCAAUGCAAGAAACUCUCUUCCCAGCUGGGGCAUCCCAUACAGAGGCUCUGUUAUUAUUUUUCCGAAGCCCUCCAAGAGAGAAUCGAACGCCAGAUCAGCAGCGAGCCAAAUAAAGCGAAACAAAUAACCCCUGAUUAUUAUCUACUCGCUCUGUGUACUACGGUAUCUCCCUAUGCAAAAGUGCUACAAUUCACGGGCGUCCAAGCUAUCCUUGAUGCCGUAAGGGGGGAGAAAAGAAUUCAUGUGAUUGAUAUGGGAAUUCGAACUGGAUGCCAAUGGACAACAUUGAUUCAGUCUCUCUCUCACAAAAUAUCUUCUUCUUCCGUUAGGCAUCUCAGGAUGACAGCUGUUGGAGUGAAUUCUGAUGUUCUAGAAGACAGUGGAAAAAGGCUUACAGAGUUCGCUAAAACCAUGGAAAUUCGCUUUUCCUACCGUUCAGUCAGGAUCUCAAAUAUGGAGGAGAUUCACGAAGGUUUAUUCAAUGUUAAAGCCGGUGAGUUCGUUGCGGUGUAUGCUCCCAUUGUUUUCGGACGUUUGUUAUAUGAUCCCAUUCUUCUCGGAAAUACUGUUAAUGUUAUCAUGAAAUUAAAGCCCCACAUUUUGGUUGUUUCUGAAGUAGAAGCGCAGCAUAAUUCCCCCUCUUUUCCGAAUCGUUUCAUUGAGGCACUUUUCUAUUACAGCGCUUACUUUGAUUGUUUGGAGGCUGUGCGGCACGACAGAAAUGAUUUGAAGAGGGUCAAGUAUGAAGAAGUAUGCCUUCAGAAUGAAAUAAGAAAUAUAAUAGCCUGCGAGGGGGAGUCCAGGUGGGCGAGACACAUAAUGAUGGAUAGGUGGAGGUGUUUCUUCAGAAUGGUGGGAUUUAUAGAAAUGAGAUUCAGCUAUCGGGCUUGGUAUCAGGCAAGAUUAUUGCUCAACGAAUAUAAUCAUGGAGAUAAUUUUACAAUUGAGCCCAAUGGAUCUGCUAUGAGUGUAGGGUGGAAAGGGACACGCUUGUACACACAGUCUGUAUGGUCUUGUAAGAGAAUGCCCAAGGGUUAG